AUGGCACUGCGAGGGUUUCUCACGCCAUCAGUGAUGACAUGUAACAAGUGGGAUAACGCAUGCAUGUGCUCCACUCAAUGUUCAAAAUUUGGACUUGCACACGUCAUUAACACUGGAUGGGGUUCUGCAUGCUUCGCGAGUGUUGUUGGUCAUGAGAUCACGCCUCUGUUACCUAGGCUUGAGGGUCACACCAAGAACCCUGACCGAGUGACCUAUGUGUCGAUCCUCAAUCCUGGGAAUGCUUAAAUGGCGACGGUUCUCAUGUACUUUUCUGCCUACAAGAUUCAUGUGCAUACCUGCUCGGUGCUUUCAUUUUAUUUUGUGAAGUUCAAGCAGGCGUAAAUUUUAAUUAACCGCGUAACCAUGCCCGUCGAGGUGACAGCCCC